CCGGGGAAGAGGCGGGCCGGGCGCGUGCGGAGGCGGCAGGUGACUGGCCGAGCCUGGAGAUGCACACUGCGGGCUCGGAAUGUCGAGAAUGGCCCGUGAGUCAGUGAGUGAGGGGCCCUUGACAGGCUCGUGGCCGGCCCGGACCUUGACUCACGGGGCCCCAGGGCCCGGAAGCCUGGCCUGUUUCUCCCCUCCGCCCACCGGUCACCUCAGAAAGCGCCGCGUGAGCCGGGCCGCGACGCCCCCGGGCCUCGUCCGGGCGGGUGGCCGUGCGAGGAGGGCCGAGCGGGCUGGACACGUGCCAUCCAGGCGCCCCCUCAGUUCCCCGGACACAGCCGGUCCCCGCCCCUGCAAAGGACAGGGCGGGCUGCGGCCACGUGACAAUGCAGGCUGCUGUGACCCUGGGCCACCCUGGCAGGCCCAGGCCGCUGGCCGGCCGGGGACGGCUGGUGCAACCCAGGGUGGACACGGGGAGGGCGGUGGGAAGCCUCGCAGAGGAGACCACCGCGUCCUUGAGCUUCCACCAAGAGUGACUUAAUAAAGACACCCCGGAGUUGGCCUCUUUGCUAAGAAUUCCUUAUCCACGCCUCCUUCUAUCCCUGCCGGACCCAGGGCUGCCAAGUCUCGCCCUGCCCGGAGCGGCCUCUGGACAGACCCCCGGACGGCACCUGGCUUGCCAGGGCUGGCACGGCCAGUGCGGUUCACUCAGGGUGCUAAGGUGCUGCCGGACUCCUAGGGUCUUGACGAUGAGCUGCUGAACGGACGCCGUGGCCUGGGCAGGGCGCGGCAUGCACAGGAGCACGAGGGUGCCCACCAGAGAGCUACCAUGUCCGGGCACUUUGCACCUCCCUCUGAAACCAGCAACAACAAAACGUCCAGUCUUCGAAUGUCAGAAAAGAAAUGCUCAUGGGCCUCCUACAUGACCAACUCCCCUACUCUCAUUGUGAUGAUUGGUUUGCCAGCUCGGGGUAAGACCUAUGUGUCUAAGAAAUUGACACGCUACCUCAACUGGAUUGGGGUGCCCACCAAAGUGUUUAAUCUCGGGGUGUACCGGCGCAAAGCAGUCAAGUCCUACAAGUCCUAUGACUUCUUUCGGCAUGACAACCAAGAGGCCAUGAAGAUCCGCAAGCAGUGUGCACUGGUGGCGCUGAAAGAUGUCAAAGCUUAUCUGACUGAGGAGAAUGGGCAGAUUGCGGUCUUUGAUGCCACCAACACCACCAGGGAAAGGAGGGAUUUGAUUUUAAACUUUGCAGAGCAGAAUUCCUUCAAGGUAUUCUUUGUAGAAUCUGUCUGUGAUGAUCCUGAUGUCAUUGCUGCCAAUAUCAUGGAGGUAAAGGUGUCAAGCCCUGACUACCCUGAAAGAAACAGGGAAAAUGUGAUGGAGGACUUCCUGAAGAGAAUUGAGUGCUACAAAGUGACCUACCAACCCCUGGAUCCAGACAACUAUGACAAGGAUCUCUCAUUCAUCAAGGUGAUAAAUGUGGGCCAGCGAUUUCUGGUCAACAGAGUGCAGGAUUACAUCCAGAGCAAGAUAGUCUACUACCUCAUGAACAUCCAUGUCCACCCUCGCACCAUCUACCUUUGUCGGCAUGGAGAGAGUGAAUUCAAUCUCCUGGGCAAGAUUGGGGGUGACUCUGGCCUUUCAGUGCGGGGCAAGCAGUUUGCUCAGGCUCUGAGGAAUUUUCUCAAGGAGCAGGAGAUAGCAGACCUGAAGGUGUGGACAAGCCAGUUGAAGAGGACCAUCCAGACUGCUGAGUCUCUCGGGGUGACCUACGAGCAGUGGAAGAUCCUCAAUGAGAUUGAUGCGGGCGUGUGUGAGGAGAUGACCUAUGAGGAGAUUGAGACACGGUACCCAGAGGAGUUUGCACUGCGAGAUCAAGAUAAAUAUCUGUACCGGUACCCAGGAGGCGAGUCAUACCAGGACCUGGUGCAGCGGCUGGAGCCUGUCAUCAUGGAGCUGGAACGGCAGGGCAAUGUCCUGGUCAUCUCUCACCAGGCUGUCAUGCGCUGUCUCUUGGCCUACUUCUUGGAUAAGGGUGCAGAUGAACUACCCUACCUGAAGUGCCCUCUCCAUACCAUCUUCAAGCUCACUCCUGUUGCCUAUGGGUGCAAAGUAGAAACAAUUAAACUGGAUGUGGAGGCUGUGGACACGCACCGUGACAAGCCCACUAACAAUCUCCCCAAGAACCAAACCCCUGUAAGGAUGAGAAGGAACAGCUUUACGCCUCUGUCCAGUUCGAAUACAAUAAGGCGUCCAAGAAAUUACAGUGUUGGGAGCCGGCCCCUCAAGCCCCUCAGCCCUCUUCGUGCCCUGGACGUGCAAGAAGGGGCCGACCAGCCGAAGACCCACGUCAGCAUUCCGGUGGUGUAACCGUGUGUGUCCCUCCAGCCCUGGCCUCCUGCCCUUGUCACUAAUCACCAAGGAGUCAAUGUCACUUCCACUCCCCAUCCCCCCCGCGACACCUCACCAUUAAUCCUAACAGAGAUCCUAAGGUCUGUGUUUGCAGACCCACUGUUGUCAUCUGCCUCAUCCAGGGGCAAGUGGGCAAACUGGGUCUCUCAGGACAGGUGCUCAGCUGGGGUGGCCUGGAGGAGGAGGAAAAGGAUAUGUUCUCUAGGGCUUAAGCAUGCCCCCACACUUGAUGCUUUCUCUUCCUGGUGUCUAACUCGCCUCUUUCCUGGUGCUGGUGAUGUGGGCAAGUGAGUGGAGGGACACACAAAUGCCCAUUUUCCCUUGAGUAUUGCCUCUUUAAUGUGCAGUUCCUUCUGUACUGGCUGAUUUUUCCUCCUCCACUUUCAUC